AUGAUCAAAAUCUCAUCUAUUUGUCGGCCCUUUUGGACGACAUCGUGGACAUUUUUGAUGAAUAGCCAAUUUAAGCGUUUCGAUAGUUCUAUCAGUUCGCCAAAAAAUUAUUAUAACGUUCUUGGUGUCAAAUCCAGUGCUACCUCUCAAGAAAUUAAGGAGGCAUACAUACUGCUUUCUAAAAAGUACCAUCCCGAUGUCGCCGGCGACAACCCUGAUUUACGUUCGAAGUUUGUUGAAAUAAAUGAAGCAUUUGCCAUCCUUGGUAAAGAACACAGUCGAAGGGAAUAUGAUUUUCAACGCAAAAUCAACCCCUUUAGCGAUAUCGAGUCAGGCUAUAAGAUGGAAUACCCAAAGCCCGAGUACCUUGAUCCCAAGUUGAUUUUGGCCUAUGAGGAAGAAAUGCGUCGGCGUUGGAACGCUAGAUUGAUUGACUGGACGAGAGGACAAGGUGAAUAUGAACUUGAACGGGGACAUCACGUGAGAGCAAUCCCCACUACUUUUUCUCACUCCUAUGCGUCGCAGGAAUUCCUCAAGUACGAUGUCCUCCUGCUUGGUGGGUUAUUCAUGUUCGCCCUUGCCAUGGCCUACAUCUACCGUGAUAUGUACGUUCCUCCUUGUCGUACUCACUUACGCCCUUCUCCUUGA